AUGGCCUCCAACAACCCUACCCAGAUCUUCGCCGACGACGUGCAAGAAGAAAAGGGCGAGAAUGCACGUCUCUCUGCCUUCGUGGGUGCCAUCGCGGUGGGCGACCUGGUCAAAUCCACCCUCGGCCCCAAGGGCAUGGACAAGAUACUGCAGAGUGCCAGUACGGGCCAAAUCAUGGUGACGAACGACGGUGCCACCAUCCUGAAGGCCAUCGCUCUGGACAAUGCCGCAGCCAAAGUUCUGGUGAACAUUUCCAAGGUGCAAGAUGACGAGGUUGGAGAUGGCACCACAUCUGUCACAGUCCUUGCCGCAGAAUUACUACGAGAAGCCGAGCAGCUCGUCAACAAACACAUCCACCCUCAGACCAUCAUUGAGGGCUACCGAUUAGCAUCGCAGGCGGCGUUACAAGCGCUGGAAAGAGCUGCAGUCGACAACAGCAAAGACCCACAAGCCUUCCGCCGAGACCUACAAGCCAUUGCUCGCACCACCCUUUCCUCCAAGGUCCUCAGCCAAGACCGAGAUAAGUUUGCCCGGCUGGCAUGCGAAGCUGUCCUACGGCUCAGGGGAUCGAUAGAUCUGAAUCACAUCCAAAUCAUCAAAAAGGCCGGCGGGAAAUUGAGUGACAGUUACCUGGAUGAGGGGUUCAUUUUGGACAAACGCGCGGGUGUCAAUCAACCCAAAAGACUGGAGAAUGCUAAAAUCCUCGUGGCCAAUACCGCCAUGGACACCGACAAGGUCAAGAUCUGGGCAUCGCGUAUGAAAGUCGGCUCGCCCAAGGAGCUAGCAGAGCUGGAGAAGGCGGAACGGGAGAAGAUGCGGCAGAAGGUCGAACGCAUCAAGGCUCACGGAAUCAACUGCUUCAUCAACCGGCAACUCAUCUACAACUGGCCCGAGCAGCUCUUCACCGAGGCAGGCAUCAUGAGCAUCGAGCACGCCGACUUCGACGGCAUCGAGCGUCUGGCCCUCGUGACCGGAGGCGAGAUCGCAUCGACAUUCGACCACCCGGAUCAGGUCCAGCUGGGCCACUGCGAUCUAAUCGAGGAAGUCAUCAUUGGCGAGGACACGCUGAUCAAGUUCUCCGGCGUGGCUGCGGGCGAGGCAUGCACCAUCGUGCUACGCGGCGCCACGGAACAACUGCUUGACGAGGCCGAGCGGUCCUUGCACGACGCCCUGGCCGUUCUCUCGCAGACGGUCAAAGAACCGCGCGUCACGCUCGGCGGCGGCUGCGCCGAGAUGGUGAUGGCCAAGGCUGUCGACUCGCUCGCCCAGAAGGUCGGCGGCAAGAAGCGGAUUGCGAUUGAUUCGUUCGCCACCGCCCUGAGACAGCUACCCACCAUCUUGGCCGACAAUGCCGGCUUGGACUCGUCCGCGCUCGUCUCGGAGCUGCGCAGCGAGGUCUACCGAGGCAUGACCACCAGUGGCCUCGAUCUAUUGACUCCCGGCGGUGGCAUCGCCGACAUGCGCGAGCUCGGCGUCAUCGAGAGCUACAAGCUGAAGAAAGCCGUCGUUAGUUCUGCCAGCGAGGCCGCCGAACUGUUGUUGAGAGUUGACAACAUCAUUCGUGCCGCGCCCCGGAGACGCGAGCGCAUGUAA